AUGUCGGAUCACAAUCGGAACCCCAAGAAAAUAAAGAACUUGUUGUCUUUUUUUAAGAAAAAGAAUGAUGGUGGGUCAUCAUCUAAUACGAUGCCUAGCACUUCUUUAUCUACUCCUCUAAUUUGUGAUGAGCAAAAUCUUCCCGAGUCUCCCAUUGUUGAGCCUCAAGUUGAAGGAGUUGAGAGUCAAAGAGUUAAUGAUGAUCAAGAUUUUAAUAUCAAUUAUCUUGAACGUGAUCCAGGAUUACGUCGUCUAAUAUGCAAAUAUUCAGUGAAUGAACAAGAUAAUGUGUGA